UCUGGCAAUUAUUUUAACUCUCGUCUUCGUCGUCUAUCGUCUAUUAAAACUUAGAAGCACUAAAAAUGUCUGAACCAGAGCCUCAACAGCAGGCAGUUACUUUGUCUAUUAAAACUGAAGUCGAUACCGCUGACGGCUCCAUGGAAGAGACCUGCAAGACGCUUCAGCCUCCCAAGGUUGUUGUUUUAGCUGACCUUAACGUCAAUCCUCCUGAAACCGACGCUACCGAUUCUGUCCACCUUUCAGUUCCAGAACUCACCAGAUUAACAAAUGAUGAAAGUCAAGAUAAAACUAACUUUUCAUGCAAAGAGGUGGAUACCGCGGAAGCUGAAGGUAAAAAAUUGAACAAGUUGGGGAAAUGUCGUUCGAGAAACAGUAAGGUAGAUGCGUCUCUUGACUAUGGACCUGACAUAGAUGCUGAUCAACCUGGUCAAGGACCUCCCUCUUCUCGCGAAGAAAAAGUCAGCAGCCUUAAAACUGGCUUGCUCCAUGUUGCAAGGAAGAUGCCAAAAAAUGCUCACGCUCAUUUUAUACUUGGUCUUAUGUAUCAAAGGUUGGGCCAACCUCCGAAGGCAGUUUUUGCUUAUGAGAAGGCAGAAGAGAUAUUGCUGCGCUGUGAUGCUGAGGUUGCUAGGCCAGAGUUACUUUCACUAGUUCAAAUUCACCAUGCUCAGUGUAUUCUCCUUGAGUAUUCUGCCGAUAAUAGUUUGGAUAAAGAACUUGAGGCUGAAGAGCUUGAGGAAAUCAUUUCUCGAUUAAAGGAGUCAAUGCAACUAGAUAUAAGACAAGCGGGCGUGUGGAACACGCUGGGUUUGAUACUUCUUAAAUCUGGUCGUCUGCAGAGUGCUAUUUCAGUUUUGUCAUCUUUAUUGGCAAUUGACACUAACAACUAUGAUUGCCUUGGAAAUCUGGGGAUUGCAUACCUUCAAAGUGGAAAUAUAGAGCUAUCAGCAAAAUGUUUUCAAGAUUUGAUCCUUAAAGAUCAAAACCAUCCUGCUGCCUUUGUCAACUAUGCUGCUCUCCUCCUCUGUAAACAUGGUUCUCUUGUUGCAGGUGCUGGAGCAAACGCCGGUGAAGGUGCUUUCAGAGAUCAGUUUGAAGCUGUUGAUGUUGCAAAGGAGUGUUUACUUGCUGCUCUAAAAGUGGACCCUAAAGCUGGACAUACAUGGGCAAAUCUCGCAAAUGCAUAUUACUUGAUGGGUGACCAUAAAAGUUCCAGCAAGUGUCUGGAGAAGGCAGCAAAAUUGGAGCCGAACUGUAUGUCUACUCGAUAUGCUGUGGCAAUUCAUCGAAUAAAGGAUGCAGAAAGGUCUCAAGAUCCCAAUGAACAGCUUUCCUGGGCUGGAAAUGAAAUGGCUUCAAUAUUGAGAGAAGGUGAUUCUGUUCCGAUUGAACUCCCCACUGCAUGGGCUGGACUUGCCAUGGUUCACAAGGCUCAACAUGAGAUUGCUGCAGCAUUUGAAACAGAACAUAGUGAGUUGGUGGAUAUCGAAGAGCGUGCUCUCUACAGUUUAAAGCAGGCAAUAGCAGAGGAUCCGGAUGAUGGGGUUCAGUGGCACCAGCUUGGCCUGCAUUGUUUCUGUUCCCGACAAUUUGAAACAGCACAGAAGUAUUUCAAGGUUGCAGUCACUCAAUUAAAAGAAUGCAGCUAUGCAUGGUCAAAUCUUGGUAUCUCACUCCAAUUAUCAGAAGAAUCAUCUCAAGCUGAAGAUGUAUAUAAGCGGGCUUUGUCAUUCGCAGCUUCUGAACAAGCACAUGCAAUAUUUUCUAACCUUGGAAAUCUAUACCGGCAGCAAAAGCAAUAUGAACGUGCUAAGGCAAUGUUCAAUAAAUCUCUGGAACUCAAGCCUGGCUAUGCUCCUGCAUAUAACAACCUUGGUCUUGUAUUCGUAGCUGAAGGUCGAUUAGAGGAGGCCAAGUUCUGUUUCGAUAGAGCACUUCAGUCCGACCCAUUGCUGGAUGCGGCCAAGUCCAACAUGAUUAAAGCAGUGGCCAUGUCCAGAUUGUAUGCAGGUUAGUCCUUGUGCCUUGAGGAUAAUUAUUAAUGUAGGUAGGUUUAUUCAACCCUGAGAUAAGGGGCAUGAACCAUCAUGUAUAUCAUUUGUUUAGAAGUAGAUUAUCUUAAGAAAAAUGUUUGUACCUGUAUAGCUGUGCCUCAUUUUGCUUUAUCUUGUUUUAACCAGUUGAAGAGAAUCAUCAGCUUGUUAAUGCUGUAGUAAAUUUCCUUCUACAUUUAAAAUGGAUUUGGAUAAUGUGUA